CCGCUAUCAUGAAGAGCGCUGGCUGGGUAGGAGCCACCCUCCUGCUACUGUGCUCAUACAGUCAGGGGUAUUUCUUCCAAGACGACUACGACCAUCAGUAUACCUACUCUUCUAUGUCGGAACUGUUCGGCCAUAAAAAUAUCACCACUGUUCUGAAGUUCAAGAUCAGAGCCCUCAAUACGACAGGGGAUGGCGGGAGACUGCAUUCGUUACGUGUGAUCAGUAUUGUGCAGUUUGCAGAUGGCAGAUACUUCAGUAACCCCAAAGGUUGGAAUUUGAAAACAAUAUUCCUGUUUCGGACUAGUACUAAAGGAUCUAUUGACCUGGUCCGUGUCCAUCCUGAAGACGAGGACGAGCUGGUGGUCAUCAAGAAAGCUGUCACCAGUCUUUUCUCUGUUACUGUCAGGGAAUCAGGAGAAAGGACGGACUCCUAUGAGACAACAGAUCUAGAUCACCUAGGAAAUCUAACGCACAAGUACAACGUGGUUACGACGCCGUCCGGAAGAACACUGACUCGUUCCCACUUCAGUCAUGAGAGGGCAGAGAGAACUCACCACAAGACUCUACACUAUCAUGACGACGGGACGUUACACAGAGGUCAUGCCUAUGACAAGAUCCUCCUGAAGGAAAAACACGUCAAAAAGGAAAAAGCAAGAGCUUUACAACCGGGCGAGAAGGUCCACGAGAUAUCAACCUCCGGAGAUUUCCCUGAUAUAUGGACUGCUUCGACAACCAACAUACACCUGGACGGAAAGAGCCGUGUCAACAGUCCACUGAUAGAUAAAGAUGUGCAGGGUCUGGCACAGGACACACUUGAAAUCAAAAUGAGAAAGGUGCAUAAACGAAUCCACGACGUGCAACAGAACAUAUCUCACUACCUGCAGUGUGUGCAUAUGUAUCCCGCGAAAGGUGACGCUAACCGAACCCAGUGUGUACAGGAACUCCGGGAGAUUCUACAGGCACUUCACCCAGAGGACUACAAGGAGUUCGUCAACUCGGUUCUUAACGUGUCUUGUGGAGCAGCGGAGUCCAACUGUUCGGUGGAAAGACUCGUCUUCAUAGAUAUUGUCGCCAGAAUUGCUGAUGAAAUAUCUCAAGAACUUAUCGUCAAACAUGUUCUCAACAGGACAGACCCCAACGAAGAGGAACUACGACAUGUGUUUAUACACUGCAUUGCAAUAGCGAAGCCGAUCAUGCAAGUCGUCCGUGCUGUAGAGGGUUACUGCUUUGGUGUUGGAGAUCAGCAUCAUGGUUCAAUAAAUCUGACAGUGGUACAAACUCGGGCGUGUUUGGCUGUGGGAUCUCUUGCUAGGAACCUUCAUCUCUACUCGAAUUCUUCAGAUGCUGUCAGACUGGUUGAGAAGAUCGAGUCAUGGAUCACUAAACACGAAAUGCAUCCUCACUACAGGCACAAAAGGUCAGUCCGUAUUGAAAAGGAUAGUCACUACAUUAUCUCCAAGAAGAUACUGCUUCACAGCCUUGGAAAUGCUGGUCAUCCACAAUCACUCAACAGAAUUAUCUCCCUUACUUCACCUGGACACGGUCACCACGACUGGAGACGUGCGGCAGUUGAGGCACUAAGGCACUAUCGGUGUAACCAGAGUGCGGGAGCAUUGCUUGAGAGUGCUCUUCGAGAUGCCAAGCAGAGUGUUAGACGAGCAGCCAGAUACCUGUACCUCAAGCAUCCAAGGGCAAACAACUUAACACAUGAACAACAGAACAUUAUUCUGAGCCACUCUUACGCAUGGCCAGUAAUUGCCAGAAUGAGGAGAAGCGUGUUAGAUGCUGUUCUCUUCCAGUUUAGAUUAGCUUUGCCUCACGUGGACUGGAAAAAAGAGAUAGGGAACAGUGCCAUUGGGGCCAGUUUUGGUGUCCUCUUUGAAAACGAAAUGUCAGCAGUUUUCCGACCUCUAAGCGGCUUUGUGGAUAUCGAUAUCCAUGACAAAUUAUGGGCUGAGGCACACAUUAGUAUCGUUGGCAUUCACAUCGACAUCCUCCUCAUUGAACUAUGUUACAAGGGCAGACUGGAGUACAAUGCAAACAAAUUUAAGGACAUCAGCGUUGGGUUAGUCCAGAACAUUGCAGGAGCCUUCGAUGACAUGGCCAAAGAGAUCAUGAAGCCCAUGACUGAUGAAACCACCAGGAUGACCUCUCAGUUUUUGGAACCAGAUGGCAAAACAACGAAGAGCAACUUUGAGCCUCUUGCAAAAGCAGUAAAAGAUCUCCCAGUGAAAACCGAUGCGGCCCUCUCCUCGGUUUUGGAACUAAAUACGCUGACUCAGCAGUUUCAGAGUAUGCCCUGGGUGACUCGUCUUCAGCAAGCCGUGGACCAUGCGCAAGCAUUGGUAGAAGGAAUAAACACUGAUGCCCUCAAUUUCUACAAGAAAAUAUCUGAUGGAAGUAUCGUGGCCUUGCCGGUGGGAGAAAAGGAAAUAAUGGACAGUGUCAACACAGCAAGCAGCCUGAUGGGCAAAAUAGCCAAAUUUCCAAAGCAAGCGUUCUCACACUUAGAAAAAGCCAAACUUGGAUUCCAGCUUGGAAUGGGUCGAAUAUUCUCAGCAAAUUCUGUCAUCAGGAAAGCAACUUCUUUGCUGAAAGGGCAAAGCUCAUCCUGGAUGUCAACAGGAAGCGAGAUUACACACGUCAUAUCUUCAGUAAAAAGCAUUUUGUCAUCUGGGUUCAAAAGACACAGGAGAAGGAAGAGAACACCGUCACCGUUUGAUCAGGUUAAUGAUCUCCUCGACAAAGUGGGUGAUUCAUCAGAUGAAAUAUACCGGAAAGUUGAGACACAGACCAAUCAAGUCAUUUCACAUCUGGAAUCCCUGAGGGACAAAGAACCGCAAGCGUUCCAAGAAGGACUUGGCCAUCAAAAACUCACCACUGAAACAAUACAAAAGAACUUCCAAUUGUUUCAAGAGGCUAUAGAAAAGAUAAAGUCGACCAUACAGUCACUAUUUGGAUCGAAGUUUCAUCCCUCAUUUCCUGGUCAAAGACGUCCUUCAGAUUCUAGUUGCGGUAAAGGGACAUAUCCAUCUGACACCAGGAGCAAAUAUGGAACUGCAGGGAUCGACCUCGUGUUGAAUAAAGGAUGGAAGGUCAUAAACCCGGUAGCUGGUAUAGUUCGCAAGACUGGCGCGUCUGAGGUCACCAUCAAACCGACUGAUUCAGACUUCAAACAGUAUGAGAUUAUCAUAGCCAACAUUAAUCCCUCAGUUGGCGAUGAGGAUAAACAUUUUGAACAGGCACAGGUAAUAGGAACAUCGGGAGGCAACAACGGGUGUGACUGGCCUCACAUCCAUCUUGCUGUUAAGAAGAAAUCCCAAGGCCCGGGUGAUGACUUGUGCUUCUACAUGGACCCUUCACCCUUUGUCGAUACUUUGAAACUAAAACCUGUCUGGCAUCAAGAAUGCAAAGACUUCACAUUUAAACACAUCGGACAGGUUGCAGAUCUGAUAUCGAUGCCAAAUGUCUUGUCAGAGGUCAUCGGAAAGCUGAAGCGAGAAGCACUAGACUGGCUGAAAGGGUAUUCUGUUAAACUGCUCAACAAAAUCAUUCCCCCAGAUUCGGAACUAGGGAAGGCCAUGAGCUUCAUAAGCAGUAAGCUCGGAUCUCUGUCUGACGUAACACAACUGUUCACAGGAUUAGGGGGCCAUAUGAAUAAUUUCCUCUCAACAAUAAAAGCCAAUGUCAAGGGGAAGGCUUUUGGAGCAUUUUCUGGAAUGUUAAUGGCAAAUGACCGCUUGAAGAGCCGUUUUCCAAAACUGUCUCGUUUGAUUGGAAACGCAACGUCAUUACUGAAGAAAGUACCAAUCGGGAAUCUGAAAACAUUUGCUACUGGUGGUCUUGGUAAACAUCUUGGACGAUUUGGAAUUCUACCCAAAGGAGGGAGAUUAGCCAGCACGUCUCUCCUGAAGACUUCCAUGUUUAAAAUGUGUGAAAAUUUCAAGACUGGCUUCCUGUUUGGACAUGACCAGAUGUGUACAGCUAAUGAAGAUUGUCUUGGAUUCUCUUGUCACAUUGAUAUACCGCUGAGCCGUAUCAAGGGUGGGAUCUCAUUGAAAGUCAGGGUUCAUCCUCUUGAGGCUAAGGUUGAUGUUGAACUGAACGGUGAAGGAAAGAUUGCUCCUAAAGGUAACAGUGUCUCCAGGACUGGGGUUCGACUUGGACCAGUCUCAUUCAGUCUCCAGAGUUCUGUUGAAAUACAGAGAGGCGGACUGGUAGUCUCUCUAUCUGUCAAGCCAUGCUACAGAUCGAUGUGUCUUCAUGACAUCAAAAUCAUCAAGCACCUAGCUUUUCAUCACAGGCACAAGCGGGAUAUUUCUGCUACUAUACAGAACGGCAUUACCAGCCUGGAAAACAUGGACCUAUCCUCAAUCACGGAUCAGCUGACUAACCUCAAUAUCCCUGGCAAAGAGUUCGUAGGACAGAUGAAUGAAAUGUUGGAUGGAAUACGAACAAAGAUAACAGAAGCAAAAGCUGACCCAGUUGGGGCUUUAACGGAGGAGAUGAAAGCUGAAGAUGAUUAUGAAGACAAGCAGGAUUAUCCAAAUGGAAAACCCCUCUAUUUUCCCUUCUUCCCACCAGGCGCCAUGACGUUCCCUUAUCCAGCAGGGCCAGUUGUAUUUGUCAUAUCUUUGGAUGCUGGAGCAGAACUUGGGCAAGAGAUUUCCGUGGAUGUACAGACUGUCAAAUCAACAAUGUCAACAAGUAUAGGUCCAUUUGUUGCCGGAAAAGUCAAAGCAUCGUUUGGCAUAUCGAUCAUAAUUGCAUCUGCUGGAAUAUCUCUCACUGGAUGGCUGAUGAAAACAAGUUUUCCUUUCGUACUGGAGAUGAACUACGCAAAAGUACCAACAGUUGCCACAAAAAAACUUAAUGUCGAGCUUACACCACUUGAACUACGACUAAGAGCAUGGGUAAAAAUACUUUUCAUUAUCAACAUGCAUUUUGACAUUUGGCACUGGCGAAGCCCCACAUACACUGGCACCAUGUGGGAACACCAAUAUGAUAUAAACGAUAACACUCCACCAAGAUUCCCCAACUGUGACCACAGGAAGAGGUCAUUGUCAGGAAGCUGUUCUGUCCGGCAACUUGAUGGAAGGCAUCCCAGUGACACAGCAUUCAUCCUGGAAGUUGACAGUGGGGAUGAAAACAGCCCUCUCACUCUACACUAUAGUAUUGGUACUUCUCGAGGUGGAAGAGAUGUGAAGUCACUGGUGGAGAUGAGAGGACCCUCCUUAACAUUGCCCACAGUUUCACUGCCUCAUGGAGUACCUUUGUAUUGGACAAUAAGGGCUAGGAACACUCAAGGUAUUGAGGCAACGGCUAUGUGCAUGCUCCACACCUAUGACAAUACAGUUCCAGAUGGGAGGGUAGAUGCUGCCUAUCAGUUUACAAGUCAUAGAACGGUGAUCCAAGCCAACGUUGUCGUAUUCGAAGAUUCUCCACUAACACCUAAUCACUCAGUUGCCGUUGGAUACAGUCCUGGGGAGUUCGGAAAAGAAAUUUUGGAUUGGCAAAUUCUGUACCUGGAAAACACAAAUGAGAGAAAAGGUGUUAUGUCCGAAUUGAAAAUGUUUGCCCCAUCUAAGCCUGGAAAGUUGUCUUCUGCUCCAUUUUCUACAGCUCAUGCAGAUAAUGAUAUUGAAUGUGCAAGACUGUGUUUGCAGACAGGUUCAAAGUGCAUUUCCUUUGACUAUGAAAUGCAUACUCAGUCUUGUGAUCUCCAGGAAACAGUUGUCGGAGCUAAGGCGAAACUUCGUGCUGCUGCUUCCUAUUUUCACUAUGAAAGACUUGGAGUUGGUUACAGUGCUUUUCGGGAGUUCUCUCACUCAAACCUCGAACAUGGCGCCCAGUAUUUUAUAAAUGCAAAGAUCACCAACACUCUAGGAUAUGUUGCCUACCUGCCAUCAACUGGGACUCUAGCUGACUUUACUCCACCUGAACCUGGUCCUGUAGGAGAAGCUGCUUCAGAUGUGUUGACAGCUGAUGGAUGUAAGGCAGCUGUGACUCAAAGAUGCAUCGAUGUCACCAAGGAGCUCAAUCACAGAAAAAUCAUUGAUGGGAGUGCUGGAAGAACGGUUUUUGGAGGCAACAAACCUCUUGACGAUACGAAAUACACACUCGCAAACAACUAUAUCUCAGGAAACUGCGAUGGCUUCCACGACGACGAAAGUGGUAUUUGGGGCUACACGUGGGCAGCUGGGACGUCUGUGUGUGGGUCUGAUGUUGUGAAGUUCACUGAUCCUCACGCUCAACUACAAACCAGGCAAGACUGGACCUACACCGGACUGGGCAAGAAUCUCCAUCUGGCUGAUGGUCAGUACUAUAUCACCUUCCAAGCUAUCAACAAUGUUGUACACGGAGGAGCUUUGGUUACAACAGUGUGUCACUCUACACCUGUGACAGUUGACACGACACAGCCCGUAGUACAUGAGGUAGGGGAUUUGCUGUUUGAUGAGGAUUUUGAUAUCUUGGGCGUCUACUUCAAUGUAUCGGACUCUGGAUCGGGUAUUGCCAGGGUGGACUUUGGUCUGGGCAAAACAAAGUAUGAUGUAUUUGUUAGAUCUUACAGCCGUCAUCCCUUCCUGAACCGAGCUGACCCAUACCUUGUGAUAGAAGAUCUUGGCUUGACACCUGGUGUCCAGGCUUGGGUGCGAAUCAGAGCCGUUAAUUCAGUGGAUCUCUCCACUGCAAGCCAUGGUGAUGUCCCGAUACUCAUUGACUUUACACCGCCAGUCGUUGGUAAAGUACUUGAUGGGGACAAACUGCUCGAAGAUGUUGAAUACCAGCAUAACACACAGAUGAUCUGUGCACAGUGGGUCGACUUCUAUGAUCCAGAAUCUGGUAUUGACAGUUAUCUCUGGGGUGUUGGAACGACUGCUGGAGCUGAUGACAUUCUUCCAUUUACAAAUUUUACGCAUCAAGUUAAAUCUUGGUGCAACGUCACAACUCUGCACCACAAUACAACAUACUAUUCAACAGUUGUCGCUUUCAAUGGGGCAAUCAAUCAGAAGGAAAUUCAGGCAACAUCUAAUGGAGUGCUGGUAGACAUAACACCUCCACUGCUGGGGUUUGUCCAGGAUGGUCCUGAUAUUGUGAAUGAUGUGGAGUUCAGCUCUCAGACAGCUACUAUUGAAAGUGCCUGGGCCAACUUCACUGACCCAGAAAGCCAUGUACAAGAGUACACAAUGAUGGUAUAUGUAAACGAUGAACUGAAAAAGAAGUUCCAUAUUGGAUCCAUGACCAGUUACACUGACCAUACAAUUGACACUAAACACAAGGACCAUGUCCGAGUUCAAGUCACAGCAACAAAUGGAGCAGGACUUGAAACACAAGCAGACAGUAAUGGGUAUAUGGUUGACGAAACACCGCCAAACAUGAUGUAUAUACAAGAUUCUCAGACAGGGAAAUACCAAAGUGAUUCCUCACACCUUGGCGUUAAGUGGUAUUUUACAGAUGAAGAGUCAGGCAUCUUGGAAUACAGAUACACUAUAUUUGAGAAGAUUGGUGGUCAGAAGAAAAAGUUUUGGCCAAAGGAUGAGACAUUUGCUGUCAUUGAAGUUGAAAAAGCAGACAUACAGUUGGAUUCCCUUCCUCUUACAAAUGGGGCCCAAUAUACAACAUCAGUCACUGCACUCAACAACGCCCUUCUUGCAACGUCAGUAGAAUCAAGUGGAGUUGUUAUUGACACAACACCGCCCACAGUAAAGAAAGUACUAAUCGGUCUCCCUGGGCAAGAGGAGGAGCUUGAUGACUUCGGAAAUGUAAUCCAUAUGGAGGAUCAACCGAUGCAUGUGUCUUGGACAGCUCGUGAUCCUGAGAGUGGUAUCUCUCAAAAUCUGCUUUGUGUGAAGAACAAUGUCAUACAGUGCACUCGAAGUGAGCAGUUUACCAACUAUGGAAGCACAUCAUCUGUAACAUUAGAAGCUCUCAAUCUUAUAUCAGAUGACAAGACUCAGUACGUUGUCGUUAUCAGAGUAACAAAUGGAGCAGGCUUGACAGCAGAAGCUUCAUCAAAGCCAAUACAUGUAGAGAAGGGAAACUCCCCUGGAACAGUCUAUGAUGGUCGAAGUAUCAGUGAAGAUACAGAUUUCCAGCAAGAUCUUUCAAGUCUAUCCAUGUCGUUCGAUGGCUUUGGUAGUGAUGCGUGUGGAAUAACCGGCUAUGACUGGGCGAUUGGAACACAGCCAUACCUGAGUGACAUAAUGCAUUACACAAACUAUGGACUUACGAUGGUCAGCGACAGUUCAGGAUAUGCGGAAAUAACAAAUACAAACUUCAACAAUGUGAAGUACUAUGUUACAGUCCGGGCUAUAACUGGUGUGGAAUGUCCAGACUCGUACAUCGUAUCAUCAUCAAAUGGUGUAACGGUUGACCAUGAAGUUCCUGUUAUAAAUCAACAGUACAGAGGUCAAAUGAUGUCUUCCUCACUUUUGUUUUUAAACCAAACAACAACUCUACCAAUAUCAUGGUCUGUUGAGGAUGCAAAUAUCAUGCCUGUGAUUUCCUGGUCAAUAGGGAGCCUCCCAGUCUCUGGUGAAAAACACACUGUUAAUAUUUCAAAGUCGGGUCUUGAUCCAUGGGACAUAAGUCUUUCAGCAAACAACACAUAUUUCGUGACAACAUAUGGCUCUGAUAUGGCAGGCAACAAGGCUUUAAUGAGUUCACCGCCAAUCACAGUUGAUGAAACCCCCGUCUCUAUUAUUGACUAUGAGUGUACACCUUUUGUAUCAAUGAUGUCAACAAUUGUCACUUGUUCUUGGAGGUUUUUCGAAGAAGCAGAAAGUACCAUCACUAACGUAACAAUCACAGCACGUACAGGACAAGGCAGCUCGCAUAUAUUAGUGGUUAGCAGGCUGUCGGCAAUUGAGAGACGCUGGAGCUUUGACACAGAGGGAGUUUUGCAAGAUGGAGUUUCAUUCCUGUAUAUAACUCUGGAAAUUGAAAAUGGUGCACAUCUACGCAGCAAAUUCUUUAAAGAAAUUGUCUUUGAUCAGACACCGCCAGCCGACGGGGAACUCUCAGUAGUUACAUCAUCUAAUCCAUCAUCCAAAGAGGAAGUAGUCUGCCAGCAACAAACAACGUACAUGUCUGUCUUUGUGAAUAGAUUCAACGAUCCCGAAUCACAGAUAGACAGGUAUGAAGCAGGACUGGGAAGUGAGCGAGGACUGACAGAUGUUCUUCCUUUCACAAAAGUCACUUUGUCCAAUGGACUGUUUGUAGUUCCAAACCUACACUUGGAAUCUGGAGCCCUCAUCUUUGUCACUGUCCGCAUUUUCAACAAAGCCGGUCUGUUCGCAGUGAAAGAAAGUAACCCGUUGGCUAUCAGCCCAAAACCCUACCUACUUGUUUGGGAUGGACCAGGAUCUGAUGAUGUUGAUAGUCAACAUGAUCUGACGACCAUUCAGGGAAGGUGGGGUUACUCUGAUCCCUGUCCAGUGAUAUCAGCAGAGUGGGCAGUAGAAGACAUCACAGGGGAGAUUAUCAAAGGCUUUGAACAAACCCCUGGGAAUGGUCAUAACUUCUACAAUGAUGAAUUGACAUUGGAGAAUAUGAAGACAUAUAGAGUCAUUGUGAGAACCACUGAUGCCCUCAACCGCACCAUGAUUGGGCGAUCUGAUGGGGUAAUGGUCAAGAUUCAGCCUCCAGUUCCUGGGAAUGUUCGAGAUGGCAUUGCUUCUGACAUCAACUACCAGCUACCUACAAAUUACCUUGCAGCAAACUGGGAUCCGUUUGGAGAAAUGAAUGAUUUGGACCCAUCACAGAAAAUUGAAUACUAUGAAGUGGCUGUAGGGAAUGACAGAAGAUAUAAAGACAGGAGAUCCAAUGUUCAUUUCUUUGAGAACGUUGGUCUCAACAGAAGUUAUGUCUUUAAGCAUUUAAAUCUAACCGCAAAAACAGUUACAUAUUACAUCACAGUGAGGGCAUACAGUUCUGCUGGAAGUUAUGAAGAAUCUUUUUCAAAUGGAAUCCGAGCUGGAUUUGGAACAGACAUCGUGUUGGGAGAUAUCGAAGUUGCUGAGUACCAAUCCAGCUCCAGUGAAAUACAAGUAUCAUGGUCUGACUUUAUAUCUGACUUUAACAUUCGGAAAUAUGAGGUUGCUGUUGACACUGAAGAAUAUACAGAGUCAAAUACAAGCUUGGAAUGUCACGCUAUUGUCUUUCAGCCACUUGUGGCAUUUGAGUCUGUCAACAAAGACACAAUCAAAACCAUAAAAGGUCUUCAAUUAAAUCAUUCUGAGGUUUACUUUGUCCUUGUCAAAGCUGAAGAUGAGGCAGGGAUGUGUCUGAUUGCAUCCAGUAAAGCAAUUACAAUUGAUACAACACCACCGCAACCAGGACAAGUGAUCAUUGAUGGUGGACGGUCAUCUGGUAUUCUAUAUGCCACUCAACUGCACUCUGUACAUAUAAACAUGACAGGAUUUACAGAUGAAGAAAGUUCCAUAGAUUACUACACGGUGGCAUUAUUAGGGGGACUUUUCUGCACUGAUUCAAUGUCAUUAUCCCCCAAAGACAAAGACGUUUUACGUUCUGUUACUGUUUCAACUUCCGAUGCCCACUUCAACGAUCUCAUGUUAGACACAACCAGGCCAUACUAUAUACAGGUUACAGCAGCUAAUAAGGCAGGUUUGAAGACGACUGUGACAAGUGAACCUAUUUUAGCAGAUUACAACCCUCCAGUUGCUGGAAACAUAAAAAUUGGGUCAGAUUGGAGGUACAGUUCAAGGUCUUGGGGCGAUACGAACCUGUUACAAGGCACAAUUCUCAUCAAUACCAACAUACACGAUUCAACAUGUAAAACUGAAAGAGAACUACUGAAUAAUAACUAUAAAAAGGAAAUAGUGAUUUUGGAUGAUGUCUUCCAAUCGCACGCUGUUGAUAUUGUAGAUAAUAACCGUGUCAAGAUAUAUGCACGACUUGACCCGUCGCUGCAACUGUUUGAAAAAGGAGGAGUCAAAACAAACCCAACGCUACUGACAGAAGGCAACUAUUCAUUUUCUCUUCAGGCUACAGCACGACACAACGUUUCAUCUAUGAUAGGUCUGAUUCAAGAAAGUCUUCCAAAUCCUGAUGAUAUCUUAAAGGCUUAUGCAAAGAUAUUUAUAGAUAAUUGCAAUGGCAGUGCAUGUUCUAACGGCGACAGGACUGUAGUAACUGAUGACGAGAGUUGGAACCUUGGCGUUCUCUUGACUAUGAAUAACAUCUCAGAACCCCUAAUUCUGUUCUGGGCCAAGGAUAAAUCCAGAAUCAAAGUUCAUAAUGUCCAUGUAGACUUUGAUCCAAGUUUCUCACUGAACGACUUUUCUCUUCAAGCAAUAAAUGAUUCAACACCAUCAACAGCUUCGUGGGAUAUAAAUCUAUUCAUCAACGGUCAGUUGAAAGGUCAACAUGCUGGACUGAACAUUCAAGGAUACGUUGUCGCCUCUGUGUUCUCCUGGAACAAUGAUGGAUAUAUUCCACAAGUGGAUGAUCCGUUUGACCCAUUCACAACUAACCUACUCCUGUCAUCACUGAGACUACCGCUCCCGCAAAUACACCCAUGUAGGUACGGACGGGCAUUUUAUGAUUCACAGAGCGGGAUCAAAGAUAUUUCCAUUGGUCUGUCAGAUUCUCAGAACACAACUGCAAACGUAGUACCUUAUACGAAACAAAUGUCAUUUUGUGUUCCUUGCAAAGAUCUUUGCAAAGAAAGUUGUGGCUUUGAAGGUUCCUGUUCCAAGAGUACAGACCAACAGGGAUUAUCAGUAAGGCAUUUCCAACUCAGCAACUUGACACUGAUUCCCUCUCGGAUGACUGAUCGAAUUAACUACACUGAUUCCCAAGCCAGUGCCUACUAUUUUGAUGUGAAAGUAACUGAUCAUGCUGGUUAUGAAAAACAAAUCAAGUCUAACGCAAUCAUCAUUGACACAACACCCCCAGUGGUGACUGAUGUCACUUGCUUUGAUCCGGAGUACUCGCUGUAUGAACCUGCACUCUACAUUGGAAAUGAUCAUGCUGUCAGUGCUAAGUGGGAGAUAUCAGAGGAUUUCAGUGACAUCAACGCUGUCUUUGUUGGAAUUGGAACAAAAUGUGGACUAGAUGAUAUUGUUCAAAUACCCCUUCAAAACAGACUGAAGAAUGUAACACUGAAUUCAACAAAAGAAAGUCUUCAACAGGAUCAAAAGUAUUUUGUCGGUGUUACCGUAAUAAAUUCUGCUGGUCUCAACCACACUGCGUGCUGUCCAUUUGUCAUUGAUAUUAAAUCUCCCACAGUUUCCUCUACUGAACCAGUGCCACUGUUUGUCUCAGCAGAAGAUGUAGCCGGACUUAACGUUUCACUUACCGAGUACAAUGAUCGAGUUGGAAUCCAGUGGGAUGAUCCUCAUAGUGAUGUGGACUAUUUUGACUGGCAGCUGGCGAGUGAGGAUUCAGCAGACGAAAUAUAUCCAACAAUGCGAGUCGGUUCCAACACAACUCGACGUGUCGAGGUCCUGAAGGGAGAUAUAAGUCUUUCGCAUGGCGCUGUCAACGCUUCAGUGUCUGAAUUCCUUAACAGAAACUUCUCUGAUGGUCUUAAGAGUGCCGACUUCAAGAAUAGUCCACUCAUGCUGGAACCAGGCAAAUGUGUCAUCCAAACCGUGACUUCUGUCAGUAGAGCUCACAAGAGAAAGGAUUUGACGUCACAGAAGACCUGCAUUAAACGCAAGAAAGACAUGAUUGUGAAACAGGGUACCAACAAAACACUUGUGAUUGACGGCGUUGUCAUCUCCGAGUCAUUGGCAAAGAACAAUCACUCUGUUUGCACAAUAUCAGUGGAAGUUUCCAGUGGCGCCCUAGCGGUCGGUGUACUGAGCAAGACAGAUCAACACAUGGCCUACGGUGCUCCAGCCGCCGUGGAUUAUUCCCCUUACAUCGUCAGCCCCGACAUCACCUCGACACAGCUGUCCCGGUUUCUCACUGGAAGAGUCUACAGUUUUGUUAGUCCUGCAUUCUACCUGUCGCCGAUCAGCAAUGUACAACUAACAGAAGACAUCAACGUUGAUUUGCCAGCAUCCCCAGCUGAUGAACACCAGGAAUCAGCGAUCAUUCUGUGGGACUCAGGUGACAAGGUCUGGCGCCAUGUCAGUGAAAUCUGCGGUAUUGUCCCUUUCAAGAGCAACGCCACCACGCGUGAUCCUCAUGCAAUACAGAUCUGCAAUUUAGUAUUUAAGAGAAGCUUGACAAAAUCAAAUACACGUGCGAAGAGGGCAACGCUUCCUUUCUCGAGUCCAAGAAUGUUUUCCGGAGCAAUUGUGUCUAAACAUGUGAACAAUACACCUCCCAUCAUUGACACCAGUGUUAUCCAAUGUGUCGAGGACAGCUUUGUGGAGCAAGUCAUCAAGUACCACGAUCUGCAGCAUGACAAUUUAACAUUUACAUUAGAAGAGCAUCCUCAUCACGGCGAAGCCAACCUCACAGCAGAGGGAAUGCUAUCCUACCGACCAGAGAAAGAUUUUAAUGGCUAUGAUAGUAUUCUUGUAAAUGCAACCGAGGUAUUCAUACAUGAUCUGGGAAUACAACCAGCUACAUUUACCAAGAGAAUACACAUCAACGUGUCAAAUGUUAAUGAUCCACCUGUCACUUUCUACCAGAGGGACACCCAGUCACCAAUACCAUCAUUUGUUGAAAGUAUUCACAAGGUAUAUGUUGAAGGCAAUCUAACGGAUCACUCUCUGGGUUCGUUUUGGGUCGCAGAUGUUGAUGACCCUGAAGAUUUGACAAUCAUUCAAAAGGAUGUAAGUGGUCUGGCAGCCAACUUUACUUUUAAACAGGUUGAUGCGGCUGGGGAAGAUGGAGAGACAUACAGAAACAUGUCCAUGAUCUACUCAGGAAACACUAUCACCAAACAUGACUUGAAGCUGAAGACCCUCAAGGAAUUCCACGGGAGCAUCCAGUUCUCACUACUCACUGUUGAUACGAAUAAGAGCUACAGCCACGCCCUGUCCAUCCACGUGUUUGUCCUCAUCAACCCAUGUUACCAUGGUAGCUGUGCUCCAAGAACCCCGUCUUUACCAUGUGAACAUCCAGACAGAGCAAGCAGCUUUCAGGCCUAUCACUGUGAAUGUGUAGCUGGUUACGAAGGACAGUUCUGCGAGAAGGAAAUCAACGAAUGUCUGAAGGCCACCUGUUCCCUUCUGUAUGAUUGCGAAGACAAACUGGCGACCUAUGAGUGUGUCCUGAACAUCCCGAAGAUUCUUGCUAUACUUGUCUGCAUUCUUCUGCCCUGCUUAGGUGUUACCUUUUACAUAAGUCGCAAGUACAAACACAUUCGACACCAAUCAAAGGUCUGGAAUUUGCCAGACAACACUCCAGAUACGCAGACGAAUCCUGUAUACCUAGCAAGAUGCACAUCCACCACGGAAGAAGUAAAGGAGGAGACGACUUCCGGGUCGGCUUUCAGCAAGCAAGAAGUAAUUAAGGACGAGACACCUGCUGCUUUUCAAGAGAAUGGCAGAAGCACGCCUGCCUUGUUCAUGGGUCCAGGACACGCAAGGAUGCCUCACAGGAAAACAAACUACUUCACCCAGUGGAGCUCAGAUAAAACCCUUCCUAGAGUUGUUGAUUGAAGCAACAGUAUCCAAAGUGUCGAAUUUUGCAGUGUUUGCAGUGUAGAUGUUCUAAUAAACGCUAGUCUUCUUUUGUAACUCAUAUUAGAGGAACCCGAAUUGGCCUUUGUGUGAACUUUCACAUUUCUAGUAUCAGUAUUCGAUCAUUUACUUCAGAUACUAAUAAUGCGAGUGUGUGUCUUUGAGUUAACGCUAUCCAUAUUUCGAAAUAUUUUAUAUAUGUAUAUGAAAUGGAAAUCAUCUAAGACACGAAAUAUAUUUCAUUAAGAAAUAAAACAUCUAUAUGGACAAUUUGAAAGUGUUAAAAUUUAAGCUAUUGAUAACCUGUAUAUGGAUAAAGACUUACUUAAGGUCAUAUUUAUAAUGUCCAUGAAAGCCAAGAUUGCUCAGAUUGCCCUAUGUAUAUUGAGAUGAGUGUGAAGAUGUACAAAAUAUAAUCCCACCAUUGCUAGAAAUUGUUCAUAACAUAUAUUGCCUUUUUGCAGAUUGAACCCGUGUUUGACAAAAUGCUGUUGAUAAUAUUGAUCCGAGUUAUCUAUAUAAUUAUAUUAGUUGUCAAGAAAACCGAGUGUGUGCCAAUCUGAGCCUAAGGUUUAACUCAAUAAAUAUUGAUAUCGC